AUGACCGACGUCGGCGGACGCAGAAGCUUCAAGGUCUUUGGCCAGGAGUUCAUUGUCGAUGCGCGGUACAACGUCACAAAGGAGUUGGGUCAGGGCGCCUACGGUAUCGUGUGCGCAGCUCAAGCAGGCCACGAUCCGAAAGAGCAGGUAGCCGUCAAGAAAAUCACAAAUGUCUUCAGCAAGCAGAUCCUGGCCAAGCGCGCCCUUCGCGAGAUCAAGCUACUGCAACACUUCAGAGGCCACCGCAAUAUCACAUGUCUCUUUGACAUGGACAUUCCCGGCGGUCCCGGCAGCUACAACGAGGUCUACCUGUACGAAGAGCUGAUGGAGUGCGAUUUGGCUGCCAUCAUCCGCAGUGGCCAGCCCUUGACCGACGCUCACUUCCAGUCCUUCAUCUACCAAAUCCUCUGCGGUCUCAAGUACAUCCACUCGGCAAACGUCUUACACCGCGAUCUCAAACCCGGCAACCUGCUCGUCAAUGCCGACUGCGAGUUGAAGAUUUGCGACUUCGGUCUCGCUCGUGGCUUCAGCAAUGAGCCCGACAACGUUGCUGCUGGCUUCCAGACCGAGUACGUUGCUACAAGAUGGUACAGAGCUCCCGAGAUUAUGCUCAGUUUCGCAGAGUACACAAAAGCCAUCGACGUCUGGUCUGUUGGAUGUAUCCUUGCCGAACUCCUCGGAGGUAAGCCCUUCCUGAAGGGCAAAGAUUACGUCGACCAGCUCAACCAGAUUCUACACGUCCUCGGCACUCCCGAUGAAAGUACUCUCCAGCUCAUUGGCUCCCCUCGCGCCCGCGAGUAUGUCCGCGGGUUGCCUUACAUGCCUCGCAUCCCCUACCAGCAAUUCUUCCCCCGUGCCAAUCCCGACGCUCUGGACCUGUUGGAAAAGAUGCUUGCCUUCGUCCCUGCCAAGCGCAUCACCACCGAAGAAGCCCUCGAGCACCCAUACCUCGCCAUCUGGCACGAUCCUAGCGAUGAACCCGCUUGUCCUACAAAAUUCGAUUUCCGUUUCGAGGUUGUCAAGGAGAUUCCUGAGCUUAGAACAAUCAUUUUCGACGAAGUCAGACGCUUCAGAAGCGAAGUGCGCGCUCCUCUCCACCAGCAGCAACAACAGCAACAGCAGCAACACUACGGUGACUACCAACAACAGGCUGGCCAAGUGCCUAUGCCCGAUCAAUGGAACCCUCGUCAAGCUGAGGACCCACGUCCGCAGCCUCUGGGUGAGAGCACAAAUGAAGGUCUCGAAAGGGAGUUGGAGUAUGGUCUGGACGCUCAAUACGGCCAGCAGCAGAUGCGAUAA